AUGCUGGCCGCCAUUAAGCCUGCGCCACGAGGAACACACAGUGCAGAAAGCCCAACAGGUGCAUCCUCCCCGAGCCCCCCAGCCACACCGGCAUCUCUUUACGGUCACGCAGAGGACCCUCAAAGCGCUAAACUGCACUCACUGGAGGAGGUGAAGGGGUACUUGGCAGGAGAAAUCGAACGGUCGGCCAGGGAAGUGAAGGCGGAAAUACAGGCCAUUGGUAUCAAAAAGGAGGCCCUGGAAAGCAGACUGGAGGAUGUGGUAACAGCACACAAUGACACCACCACGACCACCAGUGCACUCCUGACCAGGGUAGCUGAACUGGAAAUGGAGCUAGAAGACAGUUCCAACAGAACAAGGCCCAACAACAUGCGCGUACGCGGCCUGCCAGAAGAGGUACAAGAUGGCGACUUGGAACAAGUAAUGGCGGAGUGUUUCCGCGCCAGUCUACCACAGAUCCUGGAACACUUAUGGCACAUCAACAGGAUUCACAGAGCACUGCGUGCCAAGGGCCCACAAGAUAGCCCACCCAGAGAUAUUAUCAUCAGAUGGCACUUUUACUCCACAAAGGAAGCAAUACUUAAGCAGAGCAGGAACCACCAAUACACAUACAAAGGAGUGGUGCUCCAGAUCUAUCAAGACAUCGCGCCAACAACCCUGGCAAGGAGAAGGGAAUGGAAACCCAUCGCAGACCUCGUCAGAGCAAAAGGCCUAUGCUUCGUCUGGGGAUUCCCCUUUAAGAUGCUGAUCUUCAACGGCCCGAGACCUACAGUUCUAACGCCAUCCAUGGGCCCCAGGGGGGCCCUCUGUGACCUGGGCAUCCAGGUGCCAGACGACCUCAUUUUGCCAACAAGAGGCCCCAGGGCACUGGGCCUCCUCCCCAGGGACUGGUCGGAGCACAGGGCGCGCCCUACUUAA